AUGAUGCACAGCUAUUGCUCCUGUCAGCACCGCCAGAGACUGCCCCGACCUUCCGGUGUGCUGGGGCUGUUGCUGCUAUUGCUACCACUUGUCCUUGCAUCUCCCCUGGCAGCAGCUGCAACGGGCCGAGGGGGCUGUGACACCAUAUACCAGGGCUUCGCGGAGUGUCUCAUCCGCUUGGGGGACGGCAUGGGUCUUGGAGGCGAGCUGGAGACUGUCUGCAGGUCUUGGAAUGACUUCCACAUCUGUGCCUCCCGAGUCCUGUUGCACUGCCCAGAGGAGGCCACCGCUGUGUGGGAGUCACUACAGCAAGAAGCUCGCCGGGCCGCACACCCGGAUAACUUGCAUGCUCUGUGCGGCACCCCUGUGCGUAUUAGGGAGCAUGGCACAGGCCCUGAGACCAACCAGGAGACGCUGCAGGCAAGAGCAUCUGCACCCACCCCCACCCCGACACCCCCGCUGCUGGUGGCUGCUCUGGCGCUUGCCUGCCUCCUGGGGCCUCUGGCCUAG